CAAGCGAUGAGGAUCUCAGAUGAUGAUCCUGCCUAUAUUGUGCGAUUCAAGGCUGCUUUCACCAAGGACCUCAACCAGCGGAAGGAGAAUCUAAACCUGGAAUGGCUUCAGGUGGCAACUGCUCUAGAUCCACGAUUUAAGGACCUCAAGUGUUUGCCCAGAGCAGAGAGGGAGCCAGUGUGGGCAAAGCUAAGUGAGUUGGUGAAGGGAGAAGAAACUGCUCUGCAGCCACUCGGGGAGGAGAACCCUGAGCCACCCAAGAAGAAAACAGCCCUGCUACUGAUAGGAUCAGACUCCGAAUCAGAUGAGGAGACACCAGAAGCCAAAACUGCGGAGAGGUACAAGGCAGCAACUCACACUUGGCUGAUUUUUCUUUGUGCUUUUCAUUUUCUCCUCGUUGACAAAAAUCAUCAUGGCAGAUUCAGAUGGUGUUAGAGCCCAGUCAACUGUCUUGAUGGGUAAUACAGGUGGGAGAUCUCCAGAAACACCAUUAAAUCAGAAGAAAAGAUUUCUGGCCGUUAUUGGUGUGAUUACCGGUGUGAGUAUUCUUAUUGGAGGUCUGCAUUAUAUAACCACAAAAAACAACGAUACUUGCUAUCCUAAAGUAGCAGUGGCUGCAGAUGCCGGGAAUUGCUCUCAGGUUGGGAGGGACAUCUUGUUGUUGAAGAACGGCUCAGCUGUUGAUGCAGCUAUUGCUACUCUAUUGUGUGUGGGUCUGUAUAACCCUCAAAAUAUGGGAAUAGGAGGAGGAGUGGUCUUCACUAUAUACGAUGCAUCUACAGGAAAGGUUGAGACAAUUGAUGCCAGAGAAACUGCUCCACAGAAAUCAUCAGCAAACAUGUUUGACAAAGACCCCCAGAAAACAGAAUCAGUGACGGGAGGAUUGUCCAUCGCUGUUCCAGGACUACUCCGGGGUUUCAUGAUGGCACACAAAAGACACGGCAGACUAGAAUGGAAAGAUCUGUUUCAGCCCAGUAUAAAGAUGGCACGCAAGGGUGUUAUAAUUGGCAAAGCCAUGGCUGAAGCCCUCAGCGAGACAAGUGUAAUGAUUGAGAAUAGCACAACAUGGUGUGAUGUGUUUUGUGAUUCAAAUAAUAAAACCCUUAAGGAAAAUGAUAUGAUAAAACUUCUCAAACUAGCCGACACAUAUGAGCUCAUAGCAAAUGAAGGACCAGAUGUCUUUUACACUGGAUCACUGAGUCAGAAAAUAGUGAAGGACAUCCAGGCCGAAGGAGGAAUAAUAACAUCUGAGGAUCUACGGGAUUAUGAACCAAGGGUGCAUGAAUACGCAUUAAACUUUACUAUGAGGAAUUAUACAUUUCACGUCCCUAGUGCUCCAUUCAGUGGACCCGUCCUCGCUAUGAUCCUCAAAAUACUCGACGGUUACAACUUCACACACAACAGCUUACAGACAGAUGAGAGAAAGAUUUUGACAUAUCAUCGUAUGAUUGAGGCUUUCCGCUUCACUUACGCCCGAAAGAGUGAACUGGGAGAUCCUCAAUUUGUCAAAAUCACUGAUAUCAUUGAAAACAUGACUUCAGACGAGACUGCAAGAAACAUCAGAAGUAAGAUAGACGACACCACCACCAAACCUGACAGCUACUAUGGGAAAGACAUCUCUCCACCUUACGACUCUGGGACGUCUCAUCUGUCUAUCAUUGCAGAAGAUGGCAGUGCUGUGUCCGUCACCAGCAGCAUCAAUGAUCUUUUUGGCUCUAUGGUGAUGUCACCCACAACAGGCAUCAUCUUUAAUAACCAGAUGAAGGAUUUUAGCCGUACUGAACAAGGAAAGAACAUUAAUAUGAACAACUUAAUUCAACCAGGUAAAAGACCACUUUCAUCCAUGUGUCCCACAAUAAUAAUGGACAACUCGCAACCAAAACACAAACGGGUCAAGAUGGUGGUUGGAGCUUCAGGUUGGACAAAAAUUCCCUCAGCAAUUGCACAGGUGGUCUUAAACAAACUGUACUUUGACUAUACCUUGAAGAAAUCUGUUGAUGAACCCAGAUUUCACAAUGGCUGGAAACCGAACGUGACUGAGGUUGAAGAAAAGUUUGAUAAGUCUAUGAGUGAGGGACUGAGGAAGAAGAAUCAUGACAUACAUCAAUUAUUGGGGGGGGAUUAUUUGGGAGAGGUCCAGGUAGCUGUACGGCAGGGUGACAGAAUCUGUGCUGAAUGUGACUUCAGGGAAGGCGGCUCUCCUGCAGGAUACUGAAUCACAUGUGACAGCCCAAAGUUUCAGUUUUAAAAUGAAAGCUGUUACUAUAAUAAUCAGAUUAUUUUCAUUCAUCAGUUUUAAUAGUUUGCAAUAAAAACACACCCACAGAUGUGUGUCCUUAUGACUAUGAGUUUCCUUUUUGCAUUACUAAUGAGUUGUACUGACAAAAUUAUAUAUUUUUUAACAUUAACAUUAAUAAAAUAAUCUGUGUUGGAAACUGUGAUUGUGACAUAUGAUGAAAUACCUAAAUUCUUUGCAAUUGAGCACUUCACUGAUUAUCAAGAUUAUCUUCACAGAUUGACACAAUAUUUGCCAUUUUUGAAACCUAAAUACAAUCACAAGUAGUAAAAAGCCGAGACUAGACUACACGGUCGCUCAAUAUCAACAUCACCACCAACGCACACCCCUUCCUUGACUGUGAAUAUGUGUUUUGAGAUGCAUUACGAUCACCUGUUUCCAAUAAAAUUGGUCACCUGUGGAAUGUUCCAAACAAGUGAAUAUUUGCAAUAAAGUUUAUCAGCUUGA